AAGAGCUGAGAGUAUUUAAAGAAAGAGUUGAGAGAAUAUAAUGAAGAGGAAGACUGACAGAAAGAGAAGAUGGCUGAUAAGUGUCACUUGUGUCUGCUGGGACUGAUCUUUCUCUCUUCACUUCUCACAGGUCUCAGUGGAGUGGAUGAUGCUCAUCUGUUCAUCAGUUCUGGUGAAGAUGUCCGUCUGCCCUGUAAUAAUGCUCUUCAUGACUGUAAAUCAACUUCAUGGAUCUAUAACAGAUUCAGACAUACAGAGACAGUUGAACUGAUCACUGGAGGGAGAAAGAAGACAGACACAGAGAGACAUGAGAGACUGAGUCUGGAGUCUGACUGCUCUCUGAACAUCAAGAGCGUCACAGAAGAAGAUUAUGGACUUUACUUCUGCAGACAAUAUGUGAAUAAUCAACACCAGGGAACUGAUGCUCGUGUUUAUCUGCAUGUUCUUCAUGUCUCUUCAUCACCGUCACAGACUGAGAUCAGUGCAGGUCUCUCUGUGACUCUCUUCUGUCAGUUGUAUUCAUCAUCUGCUCGAGUCUCUUGUGAUGAUGGGAUCCGUUCUGAGGGAAUUGAUCUGUUCUGGGUGAAUCAGGCUGGUGUUAAACUGAUGAGAUCAGACUCCAGAUAUCAGAUAUCAGCUCCAGGUCACUGUAUCAUCUCUCUGAAGACAACAAUCCUGAAUGAAGAUCACAACAGAGAGUGGAGAUGUAAUAUUACUCACAGAGAUCAACUCCAGACCUCAGUCUCAUACACUGUCAAGAUCUCAGGUGUUUCAGGUCUCAGUGGAGUGGAUGAUGCUCAUGUGUUCAUCAGUUCUGGUGAAGAUGUCCGUCUGCCCUGUAAUAAUGCUCUUCCUGACUGUAACUCAACUACAUGGAACUAUAACAGAUUCAGUUAUUCAUCAGCAGUUGAACUGUUCGCUGGAGGGAGAAAGAAGAAACACAUAGAGAGACAUGAGAGACUGAGUCUGGAGUCUGACUGCUCUCUGAACAUCAAGAGCGUCACAAAAGAAGAUUGUGGAUCUUACAUCUGCAGACAAUAUGUGAAUGGACAACAACAAGGAACUGAUGCUCGUGUUUAUCUGCAUGUUCUUCAUGUCUCUUCAUCAACGUCACAGACUGAGAUCAGUGCAGGUCUCUCUCUGACUCUCUUCUGUCAGUUGUAUUCAUAUUCAUCAUAUGCUCGAAUCUCUUGUGGUGAUUGGAUCCGUUCUGGGGGAAUUUAUCUGUUCUGGGUGAAUCAGGCUGGUGUUAAACUGACAAACUCAGACUCCAGAUAUCAGAUAUCAGCUCCAGAUCACUGUUACAUCUCUCUGAAGACAACAAUCCUGAAUGAAGAUGAAAUCAGAGAGUGGAGAUGUGGAGGUAAUCACAGAGAUCAACUCAAGACCUCAGUCUCAUACACUGUCAAGAUCUCAGAUCAAGCUGAUUUAACGACAGCAGUCACAAACUCUCAGCAUCGCUCAACUACAAACACAGAUGACACUGAAGAUCAAACUGAUUUAACUCAUUCAUCACUGAUUCCAGUCUACAGCACAAACUCUCAGCAUCGCACAACUACAAACACACACGAAACUGAAGAUCAAACUAAAACAGGAACAGCAUUGACUCCAGCAGAAACGUCUACACAAGUGAUUGUGAUUGUGAUUGUUGUCGGUGUUUCGGUCGUUCUUCUUCUUCCUGCUCUGAUUCUUUGGCUGAUUCGUAAAAAAAGAGCCGAUGUCAGAAGAGAGACUGAUGACUCUGUGGAGAAGACAGAUGAUGUGACUUAUACUGAAGUUACUGUGUGCAGAAAAAACAGAGCCAAGAAGAACAAGGUUCGCUGUGAUGAUAAAGUGACUUACGCUUCCAUCAGAGGAACAAAAGCUGGAGCUCAGGAAAACUGCAGUCAACUUUAUGCCUCUGUGAACAAGAACCAUCACAAAUCAGACAAAUAAUUAUACAGAAACCACACGACUAGAGGAGUAUGAACCGUGACUCGUGAUGAUUUCAUUCAGUGCCAUUAUAAUAAUAUCACAUGUUGAGAAACCAGCUCUGAUUUAUUAAUAGUUAUUGCUGAUUCUGGGCAGAUUAUUGUGUUAUUAGGGAUCCGGAGAGCACCAGGGAUCCAGAUUUAGUCAUAUGAAAGUCUAUAUCUAGAUCAUUGUCAUCCAAUCCAAUUUAGCUUUAAAAAAUCAUCAGAAAGUGAGAUGAUUACCUGAUCCUGGAUAUAAUUAACAUCUAAUCUAAUUAACAGCUAAUUAACUGUCAGCUUGCACUAAUUAUGAGAACAGCAAAGCUACAUGAUGAUGUAAGUGUUUAUCACAAUGAGACAGUAAUGAUAAUCCAAGCUGUCCUCCAACAGAUACGCUUGUAUGGGUCGUUUGUCCAAAUCCCUGAAAUACGACCCAUCAGAGCGUAUACUACAAUUGCGCCCCUAUCGGCAAAAGGUCAUUUUCAUAUUAAUGAUUUGUACUCUUUUAUUUGCACUGUGAUUUG